CGAAAUCGGGUUAGAAUCCCUUUUAUGCCAGAGUGUAGCGCAAGAAAUCACUUGUUCAUAUUCGCCGAUUGUCCCUUAGGUUGUGUCGACAUCUUCGUUUUAUUCUCGAUAUUUGGUCGUAACAAUGGUGAGAAUUGAUUUUAGUGGGCUCGAAUCAACUGCUCCGAUUCGCGGUGAGAGUUCCGAGUUGUUUGAGGAGAUUCCAAGAGCCCCAUCUUUUCAGAUUCCAAAUAUUGCUGAUUUUGAUGGAUUUCAGAGGGAUGCGAUCCGAAUGGUGAAGCCGGCUAAAGGAACCACCACUUUAGCUUUUAUUUUUAAGGAGGGUGUGAUGGUGGCAGCUGAUUCUCGUGCCAGCAUGGGAGGGUAUAUAUCGUCACAGUCUGUGAAGAAGAUAAUUGAAAUAAAUCCCUAUAUGCUUGGUACAAUGGCAGGAGGGGCAGCUGAUUGCCAGUUCUGGCACAGGAAUCUUGGUGUAAAGUGUCGUCUCCAUGAACUGGCAAAUAAAAGAAGAAUUUCAGUUGCUGGAGCUUCCAAGUUGUUGGCAAACAUUCUAUAUUCUUACCGCGGAAUGGGCUUGUCUGUUGGAACUAUGAUUGCUGGCUGGGAUGAAAAGGGUCCAGGACUCUAUUAUGUGGAUAGUGAAGGUGGACGACUAAAGGGAAACAGAUUCUCUGUGGGAUCUGGUUCUCCAUAUGCUUAUGGAGUUCUUGAUAAUGGGUACCGGUUUGAUUUGUCUGUUGAAGAAGCUGCAGAGUUGGCUAGGCGGUCUAUUUAUCAUGCAACGUUCCGUGAUGGAGCUAGUGGAGGUGUUGCCAGUGUUUACCAUGUUGGGCCAAAUGGAUGGAAGAAACUGUCGGGUGAUGAUGUUGGAGAGCUUCACUACCAUUACUACCCAGUUGAAGCAGCAGCAGUGGAGCAUGAAAUGACCGAAGUGCCCAUUGCUUGAACUGAUCCUUUUCUCUUCCCGAACUGUGUGAACUGAUCCUUUUUUAGAGAACAAGAUUGAGAAGUGAAUUUUUCUACUUUUUUUUUUUAAAAAAAAAAGUCUUAAACUUAUUCGACUCUUUUUAGUUAAGAGAUUAAAUUGCACUA